AUGGCUAUGCCGUUCUUCGCACGCAAGUUCGAAGAACAGGUAGCCAUCAACCCGGGAGAAUGCGCGGCACAGCUGCGCGUCUCUGAGAAGAAUUUCGUUGCAGAAUCUGCAACAAAAUUCUUCUCCGAGACGGGGCAAGUCUCUUGCACAGCUGGUUUCGACCCCAUGUCCAGUGGUCAACAAGAUAAGAUGCCUUCAGAGGAUAUCUUUGCGAUGGAGGUGACAGGUUCCUGGCGCCUUGGUUUGUCAUGGUUAUGUCAAAGCUGGAUUCCACUACGAAUCAAGCAGAAGCGCCCAAUGGAGAAAGAAAGGGCAUCACGCAUCAGACUGGCAGAGAUGGAAGAAGGCGGGAUUUGUUGCCGCUCAUCACCCUGCAGGAGAUCAAAGGCACCUUGCGAUGUCUGGAUGCAGGUGGUGCCAGCCUCUUUUUGCUGGAGCCAGAGGAGCCGGCUGAACGCCCCGAACCUGCAGUUAGCCCUACCAAAGCCGGGCCGCUACCAGAGGGCGCCGCAGCCGAGAAGUGCGCCGGUUGCCACCUGGUUGCACCAAAAUGGCAGAUGGAGGGAUGAAGGUGACAACGCCCUGGCAGUGGAUGCCAACUUUUGUGGCAGCUGUGGCACCCAGCGCAAGGAGCUACGCAAAAAAGAGGAUGCUAGGAGCCCCGGAGCCGCGGCACCUUCAGCACCUUCGGCACCUUCGGCAGCGGCGCUGCCGGCGGAAGCCGCUGGCAAGGGGAAGGAGGAUGCAGGAAGUCACAUGGAAAGCACCAUGAAAUCAGCUGGCAAGGAAGAAGAUGCGGAGAUGAGCCAGUUCUUAAGCUCCCUGCAGUAUUCUGACAGCAGUGGUCGCACACCCAGCACGGUGACGGACGGCCGCGGGGAGUCCAAGGAGUCAAAGUGGUGUGGGAAUCGGGGGGUUUCUACGGGAUGA